CCCCCGCCCCCGAGAUGGAUCCCGCCGUGCGCAAGGACCUGUACCCGCACGUCGAGCCCUACCAGACCGGCCGCCUCAACGUCUCCCACGUCCACACCAUCUACUACGAGCAGUCCGGCAACCCAGGGGGACACCCUGUCGUGUUCCUCCACGGGGGACCUGGGGCCGGCACCUCGCCCGGCAACCGCAGGUUCUUCGACCCACAGUUCUACAGGAUCGUGCUCUUCGACCAGAGAGGCGCAGGGAAGAGCACUCCCCACGCUUGUCUGGAGGAGAACACCACCUGGGACCUGGUGGCUGACAUCGAGAAGCUCAGGGAGCAUCUCGACAUCCCAGAGUGGCAGGUGUUUGGCGGUUCAUGGGGGAGCACCUUGGCUCUCGCGUACAGCCAGACUCACCCCGACAAGGUGACGGGCAUUGUUAUAAGAGGCAUUUUCUUGCUUAGGAAAAAGGAGCUCGAUUGGUUCUACGAGGGCGGCGCAGCGGCUAUUUUCCCAGACGCAUGGGAACCAUUUAGAGAUCUUAUUCCUGAGGACGAAAGGAAUUGUUUCAUAGCUGCAUACCACAAAAGGCUAACUUCCUCUGAUCCUGAUGUCCAGAUUGAAGCCGCGAAGAGAUGGACAAUGUGGGAGAUGUUGACUGCACAUCUCAUUCAAAAUUAUGAUACCAUCAAACGAGGGGAGGAUGACAAGUUUUCUUUGGCAAGUACUUUCACCACCAAACUGUAAUACUUGAUGGUCUUAACACUUUCUGUUAUACCUUUGUAACGUGUGCUCAAUUUUCUUCAGGCAUUUGCAAGGAUUGAAAACCACUACUUCGUUAACAAGGGGUUUUUACCUUCCGAUUCACACUUAUUGGACAAUGUUGAGAAGAUUCGACACAUUAAAGCUUUUAUCGUACAGGGGAGAUAUGAUGCUUGUUGUCCUAUGAUGUCUGCUUGGGAUCUCCAUAAAGCUUGGCCUGAAGCUGAAUUUAAGGUGGUUCCAGAUGCAGGACACUCAGCCAAUGAAGUUGGCAUCGCAGCUGAACUGGUAUCAGCUAACGAAAAGCUUAAAAGCAUGUUGAGAAAAUGAGCAGCCAUAACGCAGA